AUGAAGAAGACCCUGAAGACCAAGCUUGACAAAGCCAAGGAAACACCGUUCUCUCUUUCCUUUGGUACCGAAGCCGUGGCACCAGUGGAGAUUGGCCAGCCCACAUACCAAACCUCCACUUAUGAGGCUGAGGCCAAUAACGAGCAGUUGGUCCUCAACCUCGACUUUGUUGACGAGCUUUGUGACCAGUCCAACAUGCGCAACGUCGCAUACAAACAGCGUAUUGCCAAGUACUACAACUCCAGAGUCAAACCCCGAGCUUUCACAACUGGGGACUGGGUCAUGCGCAAGGUUUCCUUGGCCACUAAGAAUCCUAAUGAAGGUACCCUGGGCCCUAUGUGGGAAGGUCCAUAUGAGAUCACCAUGGUUAGCCGCCCCGGGGCUUAUCAGCUUUGGGAUCCCAAGGGCAAAACCUUGCCUCAUCCUUGGAACGCUGACCAUCUCAAGUACUACUACAAGUAA